CCCUGGAGCGGCGGGCAUGGGCCCUCCGCCGCAGGGGGGGCUCCCGGCCCCGGCGGGCGCUGGUGGUGCCCAGGACCCGGCGGUGCCGGACCCGCCGGGGUUAGAGCGGGGCAGGCGCUCGUCCUUCCCUCACUGAUGCGCCGGCCUCGCCUCUUGCAGCUGCCCGGAGUUUCUGCUCGUUGAAUCGAGAGUUCUCGCUCCGGGAGCGUAGGGGCAGAGCGGGCUGCUCGGAGCCGCCGCAGCGGGGCUGCCACCAAGAUCUCCGUCCCUGCAGCGCUGCUGCUAGAGUUAGCAGCCUGCCGCCUCUCCUCUCCGGUUCUUUUGGUCUCCUGGAGAGGAGAGAUGGCGGAGCUUGACACCAGUUGGACAACCUAUACCAGGAACUAGAUUUAUUGCAUUUAAAGUACCUUUAAAAGGGGAACUGAGAGGUGGUUGAGGCUGCUGCGUCUGUUUUGCCACUGUCUUUAUUGGUUGUAACAGAGCCUGUGUCAAAAGGCUCUCACAGUGAACAGCUCACUAUUCAGAGAAAAUCCAGUUUUGCGCAUGAGGCAUUUUCAUACCUAGAAUGGAGAACACGUUUCAAAAACCACAGCUACAAUAGGGCAAUUAACCAGAGGCUUACCCCAACCCAGAAAUUUACACCAAAAGACUUGAUUGCUGCAAUGAAAGCCCUAAAUGUGGAGCUUGGAUUAAUUAUUGAUUUAACAUAUACCACGCGAUACUAUGAAGUUAAGGACUUACCUAAAAGUGUGCAGUACAAGAAACUUUACACUGUUGGACUUGAAGUCCCUGAUAAUGCUACUAUCCUACAGUUCAAAAAGUGGGUCAGAAAAUUCCUGUGGGAAAAUGCAGAAAAUGAGAAACUCAUUGGUGUCCACUGUACUAAUGGAAUUAAUAGAACCGGCUACCUUAUAUGUAGAUAUCUUAUAGACGUUGAAGGCUGGGAUCCAGAGGCAGCAAUCCAAGCUUUUGGUGAUGCUAGAGGUCAUCGAAUAGAUGGUCUUGUAUAUCUCACAGAUCUCAGAACACAACCAAUGAGAAGUAACCUUGGAAUGGAUGUAUGGGAUUCAGAUGAGGAUAUUGUUCCUCCUCCACAUGCCAUGGAAGGACCUGUGGAACGAUUCCCAAAUGAAGGUUUUCAGGGGUCUGGGAAAAGAUUAAGAGUUUAUGAUGAGCACUCUCAGAAUGAUUUGCAAGGACAGAUACAAUUGAGAGAUUUCGAUUUCAUUAAUAAGGGAGCUGGACAAAGACGAAGACCAUUUCAUGACCAUCAGACUCAAGAUGAUUUAAGAGCACCAAUGCAGAUGAGAAAUUGGGACUACAAUAGGGGACCAGGACAGCGGCGAAGGCCCUUUCCUGAUCACCAGUUUUAUGACGAUUACCAAGAAGAUGCGCAGAUGAAAGACCUAGACUUCAGUAACAAGGGAGCUGGACAACAGUUGAGACCGUUUCAUGGACACCAGUUCCAUGAUGAUUUACAGGCAGAGAGACAUUCAAGGGACUUUGAAUUUAACAGAGGCUGUGGACAAAGGCAGAGAUCUUUUCCUGACCAUCCAUCCCACAACAAUUUGCAGGAAGAUAUGCAGUCAAAGGAGUUGGAUUUUGGUAGCAGGGGCCGUGGCCAGAGACGGAGGCAGUUCCAUGACCACCAAUCACAUGAUGAAUUUCAGACUCCAAUGCAGUUGAAAGAGUUAGAUUGUGUCAACAAAGGUCCUGGCCAAAGACCAAGACCUUUCCAUGACUAUCAGUCCCAUGAUGACUUACAGCCACAGGUGCAACUGGGAGAUUGUGAAUUUGUUAAUUGGGCUCAUGGACAGAGGUUGAGACCUUUCCAUGAUCACCAGCCACACAACAACUUGCAAACAGAGAUGCAACUAGAAGAUUAUGAUAAUAAAGGUCCUGGACAAAGGCGCAGACCUUUUCAUGACUGUCAGUCUUAUGAUGACUUACAGGAACAGCCUCAGUUAAAAGAUUUUGAUUAUGUUAAUAAAGGGCAAGGACAAAGGCCAAGACCUUUCCAUGAUCAUCCUGGUCACGAUGACUUGCCACGUGAAUGGUGUUCAGACAGAAGUCAAUCUUUUUCUUCCCAUGAAAAUGUACCGGAACCUCAUUUUUCCUCAUCUCCUUCACUUCAUAGAGAUUAUGGGUCUGAUAAUGAUGACUUUAACAGAAGCUAUAGUAAUCGAACAAAUUGUCCAGAAGACAAUAGGAGAGUGCAUCCUUCAGAAGAAUUUAACAGAGGAAAAAACAGAUUUGCACCAUAUUCUUCACGUACAAUGCAUCCGUCUUCAUCUGUACACCAGGAAGGUAGUUCAAUAGACUAUGAAAGAAAAACUUUUCAAGGUGAACCUACCAGAGAGAUGGAACAAGGCAAAAGAUUACCAGUUGUAACAGUUGAUUACAAUUAUGGUCUGCCAUUAGAUUAUGGACCUGGAGAGGAAGAGAGAAAUUAUGAUUUACCUCCAAGAGAUCGCUACAACUGGCACUGAAUACAAAGGACAAUGUUUGCUCAUCUUAGACUUCCGUUUACCUAUUUUGCUUUGUAUGUGGACUUUUUUUUUUUUUAAGUUAGGAAAAUGCAAAUUUCAGUAGUAGAGAACUGGUCUCUGUUGUAAGAUCAAUUUCUACUGAUGUUUUGUUCUUUAUAUUUAUUAGAGUGUAUUUGUUCACUGUGUUUGUAGACAAGGUCUCAGCACACAUGGAACGAAAGUAGUUGUUCCUUUAAGCAAAGUUGGAGCCCUGUACCUUAAACCGUACAACUUUGAGUGAUUGUAAUUGUCUUUUGUUUUACAUUUCUUUAAAAUGUAUGUAAUUUCAGGAUGCAAGAGUCAUAAUAAAAUACUGCACCAUCAGGUA